ACGCCGGGAUCGGGAUGAGGUCGGCGGGUGCCGCUCGAGGCGACUCCUCGACGGUCCCAGGGGGCAUUUUGCCCCCCGGUCCCGCGGCCACGAGCAUUCCAGGCCGCCACGGGCAUUCCCGCCCGGCUGCAUGGGCCGCGCCAGGCAUGCGCUGCUUCCUCGCCGGCAUCCCGCCCGCUCCUCCCGCUCUGGAAGCCUGUCCGUCCCGGGCCGGGCUUCGCCGCUCUCCGCGUCCCACCGGAGCCGCGUCCGCAUCCACCGUCCCACAGCCGGGAGCCUCCCACCUCGGGCAUCCCUCCCUGGGGCCCCCCGGCUCGCUGGAACGGCCCCGCGGCGGGGAUUCGGCCCCGCGGGAUCCCCCCCGAUCCCGGCGGGAUGGGGACGCGGAGCCCCCGCGGCGCGGGCGCGGGGCUGGGCGGGGAGGGAGCGGGGCCGAGGGGCCGGGCCGGCGGCACGUGAGCGGCCGCCGCGGGAUUUGCCUCCUCGCAGCAGCCUCAUUCUCCCGCAGACGAGGUCGGGCGCCGGGAAGCGGAGCGGCAGCCGCGGGAAGCGGGUGGGCACAUCCAGCCCGGCCGAGCCCCCCGGGGGGGGACGCGGGAACGGGCGACAUGGUGGCGGCACGAGCCCCCCGGGCCCCCGGCAAGGCCGAGCCGCGGGCGAGAGGCGGAGGAUCCGGGCACCGCUCCCGCUGGCUCCCGCCGGAGCGUUCCCUGCGCUGGGGCAUCUUCUCUCUAACUCUCUUCUUUUCCUUCCUCCAAUUUUGCCCCUUCACCUUCUUCUCCUUUCUCUCCUCUCCUCUGCCCUUCCUCUCCCUAAGUUUCGAGGACUCCACCCUGUCCACAGCCACUACCCUUGAGUAUAUCCCCACCUCAGCAGGCGAUCCCAAAUUCCAGAGGCCCCGCACGCUCAUGCGCCAGCAAAGUCUGCAGCAGCCCCUCAGCCAACACCAGCGCGGCAACCACAGCCAGCCCACCACCAGCCAGAGCCUGGGCCACCUGCAGGCCCACAGUGGCCCCUCCGGCACCGCCGCCAACUCCCGCGGCGCCCGCGGCGGCCAAACGCGCCAGGGGACGGCCGCCGGCUCCAAGCAACGCAUGGCCGGGGGCCGGAGCCGCUCCAACCCCGGCAGCUGGGACCACGUGGUGGGGCAGAUCCGCAGCCGCGGCUUGGACAUGAAGUCCUUCCUGGAAGGCCGGAUGGUGGUGUUAUCCCUGGUUUUGGGACUCUCAGAGCAAGAUGACUUUGCCAAUAUUCCCGACCUGCAACCCGCUGGGACGCAGCCGAACCAGGCGAACGCUCAGGGGGACAAGAGGUUGCCGGCCGGCGGCAAGGCCGUGAACACGGCGCCGGUGCCGGGGCAGCCGCCCCACGACGAGUCCGACCGCAAGACGGAGCCUCACUCCUCCGUCUCCGACCUGGUCAACUCCCUGACCAGCGAGAUGCUCAUGCUCUCCCCGGGCUCCGAGGAUGACGAGGGCCACGAAGGCGUGAGCCGAGAGAACCUGGGCCGCAUCCAGUUCAGCGUCGGCUACAACUUCCAGGAGUCCACCCUGACCGUGAAAAUCAUGAAGGCGCAGGAGCUGCCAGCCAAGGACUUCAGUGGCACCAGCGACCCCUUCGUCAAGAUCUACCUGCUCCCCGACAAGAAGCACAAGCUGGAGACCAAGGUGAAGAGGAAGAACCUCAACCCGCACUGGAACGAGACCUUCCUCUUCGAAGGGUUCCCCUAUGAGAAGGUGGUGCAGCGGGUGCUGUACCUCCAGGUGCUGGACUACGACCGCUUCAGCCGCAACGAUCCCAUCGGAGAGGUGUCCAUCCCGCUCAACAAGGUGGACCUCACCCAGAUGCAGACCUUCUGGAAGGACCUGAAGCCGUGCAGCGAUGGCAGCGGAAGCCGCGGGGAGCUGCUGCUGUCUCUGUGCUACAACCCCUCGGCCAAUUCCAUCGUGGUGAACAUCAUCAAGGCGCGGAACCUCAAAGCCAUGGACAUCGGGGGCACGUCAGAUCCCUACGUGAAGGUGUGGCUGAUGUACAAGGACAAGCGGGUGGAGAAGAAGAAGACGGUGGUGAUGAAGCGGUGCCUGAACCCCGUCUUCAACGAGUCCUUCGCCUUCGACAUCCCCACGGAGCGGCUGCGCGAGACCACCAUCGUCAUCACCGUCAUGGACAAGGACAGGCUGAGCCGCAACGACGUCAUCGGCAAGAUUUACCUGUCCUGGAAGAGCGGCCCCGGGGAGGUGAAGCACUGGAAGGACAUGAUCGCCCGCCCGCGCCAGGCGGUGGCACAGUGGCACCAGCUGAAGGCCUGAGUUCUCCUCCCCGGCACCGCGGGCUCGGGGUCCCCGUUCCCAGCUCCCAACCCCGCUCCCGGCGCGGGACCGGCGGGACAGCGGGACCCUGCGGCAGGAGAGGUUGGGAGCCCCCCCGGCCCCCCCGCUCUCGCCCCUCCCCGGCGCGGGGGGUCCCGGAGCUGCCGCGGACCCCCCGGGCGAGGAGGUGCCAGAGGCGACGAUUCCCCCCCUCCACCCCUAUUCCCACCGCCGGGCGGGACUUCUGCGAGUGCUUCCGGAGCCUCUCGACCCCUCCCCGGCCUCGCCCCCACCCCCAAAUUCCAGGGGGGGGGUCAGGCUGUGGGAGCAGGAGGGACCCCCCCUUCCCAUCCUCUUCCAACUCAAUAAAACCUCUCCGAGCGUCAGCGUCGCCCCCCCCCCCGCCCUUCCGAGCCCCGCCGCCUCUCCCGGAGCCCCCCGGGGCGGGCGGGGGGCGCGGCGGGGAGGGGGCAGCCCCUUUUCCUGGGAUCGGAAGCCAUGCCACAGUUCCUUAUCCAAAGCGGGCCCGGCAGCGCUCUGCCCGCGGCCGCCUUCGAUGCUUUACCUCCGUCUCCGGGCUCGGGGUCCCCGGGGGGAUCCCCCAGUCCCGCCCUCACCCCCUCCCCGGGCGGGUUGCGGCCCCUCGGGGGGAUGCUGUGCCCCAGGGAAUUCCCUCUCCAGCCGGGAUGAUCCCGGACCCCCGUGAGCCACCGGGGAUAAGGGGUGGAGCGAGCGCUGUCGUGCCCACCCCGGGCAGGCGACAUUCCCUGCGCCGGCGGCAUUCCAGCCCGGCAGGAUCGGCGCCAGCAGCAUCCCUGAGUUCCCCCGGGACGCGCAUCCCCCUCCACCGGGACAGGGACCCCCCAAAACGGGGACGGACCCGACGGGGGUCGGGGAGGAGCGACAGUGGGGUCACCCCGCGCGGCGGACGACGGAUCAUCCUCAGUCUUCCUGCUCCCCCCGCGGCUCCCCCCGCCCUUCUCCCCUCCCGCGCCCGCGGCGGGGACACCCGCACCCCUCCGGGUGCCACCGAGGCCACGUCACCAUCGUCACAGCGUGUCCCCCCCUCCGUGUACAGCCCCUCACGGUGACACCGGGCACUUGGAGCGGGGGACACCCCCCGAGGUGCUCCGGGGGAUUCUCCGCUGCAGGGAGGGGAACCUGCACCAGAACCCCCCAAAACCCGCGGGAUUCCCGGCCGCUCGGUCCCUUUUCCCGAGGGGCGACAUCCCUGCCACGGUGGGGACGAGCCAGCUGGGGACACGGUGGCCGCGGGACAACCCCUCCCGCAGCCCCGAUUUAGACGAUUUUGGACAAUCUGGAGAGAAAGUCAUAAUUCUGCUACUUCAGUAAUAACGACGCUUUUAGGGACAUUUGUAUUUUUGUCAGAUUCUCUCUUUUUUUACCAUAAAAGAAGAGAUUUACACGCCUGGGGAAGGGGACGGAGCCGAGGGGGCUGUGCCAAGCCCCUCCCUCGCCCCAUCCCGCUUUUCCAGGCCGGAUUCCUCGUCCGCGGUCGGGCUCCCCGGGGGGGCUUUGUGUGUUCAUUUUUAACUCUAGAGCUCGUAGCCGUGAUCUUGUUCAGGUAUUUCUCUUCUUCAUGUGACGGUAACAUCCAACUGGUGUGUAAAAUACAGAAAAAAAAAAAAAAAAAACAGGCAGAAAAAGAA